AUCACGGCCAUUUACUAAUGAGAACACUGUAUUUAUCCUACACCGGUAAAUUAUUUCCCUUCAACCAAUCUCGCCCUUCUUUCCUCUUUAAGUACCCUUUCUCUUUCUUCAGUGCUCCUCUCACGCCUUCCUGUUCCUCUCUCUCUAUUUAUCUAUCUAUCUACUUAUUAACUCCCCUGUUUGUCUAUUUUCCUGUCUUCUCUUUCUACAUUACAGCUCCUCUCCCAUUUCUUUGUAGCUCCUCUUCCUUUCUCCCAUUAUUCUCUCCUCUUACUCCGACCUUCUUUCUAGCCCCUCUCUCUCUCUUCUACGUUCCAUCUCUUCUCUUUCCCUUUCCCUCUCUGUGCCUGUAUUUCCAACUUACCCCUCUCUCUUCUACUCACCAGCAAUUCUUUUCUCUCUUUCCUACACGCAGCUUCUCUUUCCCCUCCCUAUACCCAGCUCCCUUCUAUUUCUCUACUUUUCUUUCUUAGCUACUUCUUUUCUUCCCCUCUCUCUUACUGUCUUCUCUGUCCCCUCUGCCUCUCUCUCUCUCUCACUGUCUUCUCUGUCCCCUCUGCCUCUCUCUCUCUCUCUCUCUCUCUCUUACUGUCUUCUCUGUCCCCUCUGCCUCUCUCUCUCUCUCUCUUAGCUACUUCCUUGCUCCUCUCUCUUACUGUCUUCCCUGUCCCCCUGCCUCUCUCUCUCUCAGCUACUUCCUUGCCCCUCUCUCACUUACUGUCAUCCCUGCCGCCUCUGCCUCUCACUCUCUUACUUCGGUGCCUCUCUUUGUCUCUCUUAUUUCCCUCCUCCACUCUCACUCUCUUACUUCGGUGCCCCUCUCUGUCUCUCUCACUUCCCUACUCCACCUUCUCUCUUACUUCGGUGCCCCUCUCUGUCUCUUUUACUUCUCUCCUCCACUCUCUCUUGGCCUUUUCCUUUACUCCUCCGCCUACUACUACACUCUCCCCUUCACUCUCUCAUAGCUACACUAUUUUAUUUCAUUCAUAAAAACAAAUCCUUUCCACAGCGACGUUUUUUACUAUGUUUAACGAACUCAACCACCUCCUGGAUGUCUCCGCAGUUAACAACAGCAACGGAGACAUUGGAAGCGGCAGCUUGGACGGCAAACAUGUAUUAUUGUCAGACUUUACCAAAGACGACGGGGCCUUUCUGGUGCACCAUUUCAUUUCCCACUUCCUCAAGGCCCAACAGGUUUCUCCGUCGCAGCAACCACCCUCGUGCGCGCCACCCGCGAUUAACGUAAUCGUGGUUAGUUUCGCACAGUCCUUUAACCAUUUUCAUUGCGUGGCUCAGAAAUUCGGUCUCAAUCUACGUCAGCUGCGGGAAUCCGGUUCCCUGGUGUUCGUCGAAGCCCUCAAGGAGCUUGGAGAUGCUAUCAUACACCAAGGGCGAGGAAGAGAAGCGGAUGCAGAGGAAGAAGAACAGGGAAACACUUUCUGUUCGGUCUUGAGAGACGGGGAUAUGUCACAGCUUUUCCGAAGACUUAACUUUUAUAUGGAAGACCAAGAAGGUACAAACAGACGACCCGUCGUCAUCCUAGACAACGUUAGUGUGUUACUAACCAUCGGUGUGCCUUUGUUGAAACUAGUCACUUUCUGCAACACUCUGGUGGCGUCUGUGUGCAGACAGAAAGGUGGUACCCUCGUGACGCAUUUGAUCCUCAACGACGAAGAUGAACAAGACCGGAUGCUUCUCAAACAUCUUAUAUACAGCUGCGAUUGCCACUUGCAGGUCACACCUCUCUCAACUGGACACUCUAACGACGUUCAUGGCGAGGUAUGUAUAUGGAGGGAGACGAGCUUGUUACAGGUUUAUUUGUUAGCAAAGCGGGGUAUUAUGUUCUGUCUUUUGCUCAUUUCGGUCGUGGGACCGUGGCCAUGCUGGGGCACCUUCUCUUGAAGGUUUUAGUCAGAC